CAAACCUUCUGUCGACGUUAUUCAUUUGGAGCUCCAAUUUUGAGACUCUGAGAAAUACGAUCGAACCGAUUAUGAUAGUUAUAUAUAUAUAUAAAUAUAUAUAUAUAUAUAUAUAUAUAUAUGUGUGUGUAUGUAUAUCUAUAUAUUAUGUAUAUAAAAUGAGGAAGGAUAAGAGCGGUCGAUUGGUCUUGUAAGUGUUUACGACCAUUGAAUAAUCGUCAUAGAAAAGUUUAAUAUCUCGGACUAAGUCGAAUAUCGCAGAGGAACGAUUAGGAAGGAUGAUUUUUCUUAAAUGCACGGAUCGUGGUUGAAUAAUCAUUAGCGUAGUAAAGGAUCCCUUUUGAAUAUCAGGAUGCUAUUUUUAUCGGUGGAAACCUAAAUACCGAAUAGCACGCUCUCGUAGAGGUGCGCGCUUACGUCUAUGUAUGCGUGUAACACGUACACGCUGACACACAUUUUGCUUUUCUCAAUUGACAGUUGAGUCGAUCUCGUUUAAAGUAACAAUGCGCGUUGGCGUAUCUUCUUGAACUCUUAUACAUAAAUUCAAUUCUAAGAAUGUAAUCAUCCUACGAUAAUCGUUCAAUCGUAAAGUUAAACAUUUGUUAGAAAAUGAAAAGCACUCCUCGAUCUUAGGAUAGUUUUAAUCUUUAAGUAUUCGAAUAGACGUAUAUGCAUGCAUGCAUGUAUGUUGUAUGUAGUAUGCAAGUGCCGUCCGUUCGAGCUCGGAUUUCAAAGUACCGCCGGCAGUAUGCUUGAAACCGUAUAUGCUUAGUAGCCUUGAUCCUUUCACCGUUAUAAACCGAUUAUUGGACUUUGAUAUUUACUAUUUUAGACGGGACGUAUAUGAGCGCGCGAAUAACUUUUCAUAAAUGAAAUAAUAUCGAUAAGGAAAAGGUAAAGGUUAAAAAGUUAAAGCCGUAAACACCCAGUAAGUAGAUCUUCCUCCUUUUAGUCAGACAAGAGAAAAGUUGGAAGAGGAGGUUAGAGUCGUAAGAGGAAGAGGCGCGCUUUUUAAAACUUUAUAACACGAUGAUUCCUCCUUUUUGACCGAUUCGCAGCGUUAAUUCGUCGUUCGAAAUUAAAGAUAAUCGUAGUUGUUAUUUCGUGGUGUCAACGUUGUUAUUAUUAUUGCAAAAGGGGGAUGUAGGAGGUCGAUGACGACGGGGCCAUCGUACACCAUCGUCAUGGCUCGUUCGUAUCGCGAAACGAAACCGUUUUGGAUCGUGGCACCUACCGAGAAUAACGAGAUACAAUAAUAUAACGUGAUUCACACACCAGGAUACCGUAUUAGUACACCGUGUGACGUCAUAGUGGAGAACAUCAUCCUUAACCGCGUCACGCACCGCUAAACCCGACCUUCGUCCGACUAUACCUACUUAAGCUUUCCUUUCGCAUUCCAACGACCUAUUGAAGAAAUGAGUUUCUCUCUCUCUCUCUCUCUCUCUCGCUCUCUCCCUUUAAAACAAGUCUCAAGUAAUCGAGUAAGACAAGAUCUUGUAAACUCUUUUUUCUCUUUCCUUUCCUUUUCUUUUCUUUUUCCUUUCUUUUCUUUUUUAUAUCAGCGAUAAUAAUAAAAAAAAAAAAUCCAUCUUCGUUGCCCCGUUUCUGUAAUCCCCCUACGCCAAUUCUACGACAAUCUAGUAUAUCUAUUUUCUAUACUUAAUACUCUCAUCAAUUUGGAAGUUUGCCUUUCUUUCGGAAGACAGAACUUUCACAAGACAGAUCGUAGAACGUGAAUUCGUAUAAAGAUAUGGGAGUCAUUAGGACGUCGGCCCUGAGGCUGGUCUGCCCACGCGACGGGUCUACGUGCUCUGCUAAAAAUAUCGAAAGCGCACCACCGAUCGAGUAUCGAGAAUGAUUUCGUACGCGCACGUGUUUCUUUCCCCUCCUCUAUAUACUCCGUAUACUACCGAUCAUCGGUGACGAGAACGAGUGAUAUCUCUUCUUGAUCCUGCCAUUGUUCUCUUUCUCUCUCCCUUUUUUCUUUUUUAUCUUCCUCUUGUAUAUAUAAAAACAAAAAAGAAAAUGAGAGAAUUAAAAAAAGAAGAGGAGAGAAAAACAAAGAAAAAAUCGAUACUUCGAUGACUCAUAUAAGUAGAUAAUUUUUAAUGGAGAAUUAAGAAAACGCUAUUCUUUAUUUCUCAAUGAAUAGUAAGAGCUUCAUUUCAGUGAAUUUUCUUAGUCUCAAGAUACGUUUCAGUUUCUCAACGACCCUCUAAGAUUAUUAAGUACUGUUAGACGACAAGUGUACGGUUCAAAAGUCGCGACGAUACGUUUAUGCAUUGCAUCUUGCUAGCCAGUAGUCGCGAACAUCAGAAAAAGACAGAUAGACAGACAGACAGACGGAGAGAGAGAGAGAGAGAGAGUAGAGGAGGGAGUGAAAGAUGGGGGAGAAGAAGAGAGGAGGAAGGGGUCCAACGGACGGGAAAAUGAACUCAGAGCAUGAAUGCAUCGCCUUCUAAAAUAUGCAGACGGCAUUGCGCUAUGUAUGCCAGUCGCUGAAACUCGCUAGGAAAGGAUGAGUCUUCCCGAUUUUCUUCUAACUCGUUACACGUGACACGCGGAAAUGCUUUCUCUUUGCCUGCCCAUUUUCCUUUCAACGCUUGAAACGAUCUCAAAGCGGGACAUUCAAAUCUACAUGCGUUACGUAUAAUUUGGUCGAAAAAAAAAGAACGUAGAAAAAUUGAAUAGUCAUAAAAAUUAAUAUCGAGAAGUCAGAAAUAUUUUAUCUAUUUGACUUAAACGGUAGAAGCAAUAAAAUCGAUGGCUCCUAGUUCCAAGGCAAAUGGCCAACCUUGGAAUGUUCUAGUCGCUCUUGCUGCCCGUAUCUAUUUUAUGUAUAUAUCAAUAGAAAAUACAUAAUAACGUGUGAAUUAUAGUUCGGUAGUCGAGUUGGUAAAAGCUCUCGACAUUGUUAAAUUAUAUAGAGUAACAUUAUUCGAGGUCUUUUCGUUUUUAGAAUGGUUCAAUGAAUUGCGAUAAAGAUCGGAUGUUCAAGUAUAAUAUUCUUCUGGUUGUAACAUAAAUAACAAGCAAGAUGGUCGUAGGCGAAGCUAGUAUACAUAAUAUAAUGGGAGGCAUGGAGAGUACAGGAGGAGUGCGUCUUCAUAAUCACAAGAGGAAAUUGAAGCAAAGGUUUGACAUUAUCAAGAAACUGGGCCAGGGAACUUAUGGCAAGGUCCAAUUAGGAAUUAACAAAGAAACGGGCCAAGAGGUAGCUAUAAAGACAAUAAAAAAAUGUAAGAUAGAGACAGAGGCUGAUCUGAUUCGGAUACGAAGAGAAAUACAAAUCAUGUCGAGCGUACAGCAUCCUAAUAUCAUUCACAUUUAUGAAGUUUUUGAAAACAGAGAGAAAAUGGUAUUGGUUAUGGAAUAUGCAGCCGGUGGUGAGCUCUAUGAUUACUUGAGCGAACGUAAAGUUUUGUCCGAACAGGAAGCACGAAGAAUAUUUCGUCAGAUAGCAACUGCAGUUUUUUAUUGUCAUAAACACAAAAUAUGCCAUAGAGAUCUUAAACUAGAAAAUAUACUUUUGGAUCAAAUUGGAAAUGCAAAAAUUGCUGACUUCGGCUUGUCAAAUGUAUUUGACGAACAAAGAUUAUUGAGUACAUUUUGCGGUAGUCCAUUGUAUGCAAGUCCCGAAAUAGUAAAAGGUACACCUUAUCAUGGACCUGAAGUCGAUUGUUGGAGCUUGGGAGUUCUUUUAUAUACAUUGGUUUAUGGUGCCAUGCCCUUUGAUGGGUCCAAUUUUAAGCGACUAGUCAAGCAAAUCUCACAGUCUGAUUAUUUUGAACCCAAGAAACCAUCUCCUGCUUCCCCUCUGAUUAGGGAUAUGCUCACAGCUUGUCCUGGUAGACGAGCAGACAUUGAAAAGAUUUGCAGUCAUUGGUGGGUAAAUGAGGGCUAUGAACAAAAUUGUCUCGACAUUGCGGAAGAUCUCGCUGCUCAAACACCCGUUCGACUUGACUUGUUACUAUCGUUAGUACCUCAAUCGGCUAGCGCAGAGAAAUUACUUGUAGGCGAUCAACAAACAAGCGGAGAUGUCGCAAAUAAUAUGUCUUCCGAAACGCUAGUACCUACGAGAUGUCACUCUGUUGGUAGUCUAAUGGAAUUCGAUCAAAAUAAUUCAGAUAGACGAAUAAGAGAAUUAUUUGAGGAAGAAAAUAGAGGAGGAGCAGCAGCAGCAGCAGCUACAGAUGCGAAAAGAAAAUUAGAAACUACGCCAUCGAUGGAUGAGACAAUUGCGGCGACCGUUAAAAAGAAAGAAAGAUCUAGAAGAAAAGAAAGAUCAGACGAAAGAGAGCCUAGAAUGUAUAGAUCAACGUCCAGGCAUCAUUCAGCACCGAUUCCAAACUCUAUAAUGGAAGAAACGAUGGAAGUGGAGCCUACAGCGAUUGUAACUGUUCCUACAAGUAAGACUGUUGAUUUAAAUAAAGUAGACGCGGCAGCUUGUUUAGAAUUAAUAGAAGAAUCUAAAGAAAAAUCACCUAGCAAGGAGAGAAGUAAGACCCCUGUACCUAUGGAGCAUGAACAAUUAUCCAAAGAAAUGUCUGCUAAAAAUAUUGAUAGAUUUUAUGAUACUAGUCAAAAUGAAAACAAGGAAAGUACGUUACAAGAGACGUAUUCAAAGGCGUCAGAAGAAAGUAAUCAUCAACAGGAAAUUGCUUCUUUAGAAAAGAAUAAAAGUACACAUGCAUUACCAAAUAAAGUAGCGUCAAGUAAGGAAUUAAACGAUACUUCCAAAAUAAAUGUGCCAAAUAAAGAUAAUUUAAGUAACAAAUUGGAAAUCGAUAAUUCGCUUCGCUCUGUUUCGGAAGAUAUGAAACAAAUAGACUCUAUGGAUAAAGAAAUUAAGAAGUUAAAAGAAAGAGCGUUGUCUCUUGAUUCUGAACUUGCCAACGAAGUAGAGGAUGUAGUUACGAAACCCGUCGAAAGACGGCGAUCGAAAAUCUUUGAAACUGCAGAGAAGUUCAAUCAAAUGACAUCCAGUUUAGAAAAUGAAAAACCGAAAAAGAUUUUCAUUCCUGGUGUUAAUGUUGGUGGUGCCAAGCGUGCCUUUGAACGCAAAGCAAGUCUCACGUCUGGUACCAGUCUUACACCAGUUAAACAUAAUGCUUCUAAAGUUAUUAUCGAUGUAGAUAAGAAAUCUGAAAAAAUUGAAGAUAAAUCAAAACUCGUUCAGGCUAGUGUAGAUACGGAGGAAAAGUCGAAUAAGCGAGAUGAAGCUAAGAAACGAGCAAUUGAUAUAAUAUCCGGUGCAAUUGGUAAGCCACCUGUGCUUCGAAAAGUUAAUGGUUCUCCACCGACCUCUCCUCAAAACCAAGAGUCUAAAAAGAUAGGAUUAAAGAUACCAGUAGGUCCAAACGAUAUUAGGGCUGCAACGGUAUCGGUAUCUACGCCAACUGAAACCAAAUUUUCAUUUGACAAUAAUUCCAUUUCGUCCGACAUUACUACACCUACUACAUGUGAAAUAUCCAAUAGUGAUAAUGCACAAGCCGAAGAGCCAAAGUUAUCCAGCAAAAUGGAAAUAACACUUAAAAGUGCCACUUUACCACGACCACGAAAAACGAGUAAAGCGGAAAUUACAUUGUCAGGGAAUAAGAUUCCAGAUACGGUUGCUUUUAAAUCAGAAGUGGAGGCUAAAAUCGAUGCUUUCCCGUCGCAGAAGUUAAGAACACAAAGAUCUGAAAUAGCAUUUCCCGUGGCUGCAGUAGUCCCACAGACAAAUAGAAGUUCUAGUCUAGAACCAGAAAUAAAACCAAAAGUUCAACCACGGGAAAGGAUUAUUCCUAUUCAGGUUGAGCCAGAUCAUCAACAUGUGCAACAAUCGCCUACUACUCCUCCCAAACCUCCGAUGCCACAGAGAUCUAUGUCCCAACGAUCAGGAUCUUUAUCUCGUCAAUCAACAGCAGACUCCGAUACCGACAGUGCUCUUGGUUCAACGAUAGGACCAGAACCAAUAAGAAAAAGCCCAAGGGAAUAUAUAAUUCCUAUUGCUGUAGAAGGUGGUGGCUAUGUUACACCCAGAUCUGGUAGUGUUGAGCCAGAAAGUAAAACUGGCACGCCAACUAGUACAAAUGCGCCAAGAUCUAGAUUCAGUAGACCAAGAAGAAUGAGUUCUCUUUUAUCUGAUGCUAGCGAAGAUGAAUCACCAUUUUCUACUUUACAUAGAGAUAGCGAAGAUCUUUUACAAAGGCAUAUGCACAGAUUGCGAAGCUCUCGGCCAUCUAGACAACCAUCUGAGCAUGGCGAUAGUUUAUCUUCCGGCGAAGAUGACGACGACGAUGGUUUCGAGCUAUUAACAGCUGAAAAUUUGUUUUCUACUUUAUUGUCUAGAGUACGAAGCUUGACACAAAGACUUAACGUUGAUGAUAGAGGCAGUAGUGGUUUUCCAAGUAGCCGAUUAUUGGGACGACUUGGAGUUAAUUCGCCACAAAAUUUUUGGAGUCAUAAUAAGCCAUUAUCAAGCCACGAGACCUACUUUGAAACAAGGACCGUGACAACGCGACUGUCCGAAUCGCAGUUCAAACAUUCUCUGAGCCGUGACACUGAUAUAUUUGGCAGAAAAGAUUCUACCAGUUCAAUAAAUCCUGGCUCUCCUAAUAGUCCGGGUUCUCACAACGCACCUUCUUCGAGGGAGAGCGUUUUUGAAAUUGGAAGCAAUACAUUACCACGAGAUAAAGUAGAACAUGAAGACAUAGAAGCGGAGACGGUACAAAUCAGAAAAGAGGCUCAAGAAUCCUUAGAACAGAAUUUUACUCCUAGUUUGGCACGAAGAUUAAGCAGGCAAUUUAUAGAACAAACUAGACAAUCAUUACCAAGAUCGUCGUCGAUAUCAUGCGAGAAGUAUUAUCAAUCUCCGACUAGGGAAAAUUUAAGUUUAAUAGAUACGGCCGAGGGUAUUAAAAGACAUUCUAGUUCAACUACGUCGGAUCAAACGGAAUAUAGAAGUAGAUCGGCCGAUAGAAAUAUUCGAAGAACUAAUAGUUUAUUGGAAGCCGGAAAUAAAGGGGAUAAACUAGAUUAUAGAUUUUCUAGAAGAAGUAUCAGUCUCUUUGACGACGACGAUAACUUGUUACCACUUCCAAGACAAGUCAUGACUCUUGGUAGAAAGUAUAAAGAAAUUGGAAGAUCGAAUUCUGGGAAUACUUGGAGAGAUACUUUUAGUGUUCAUAGAACGGAUAAAAUUCAAGAAGAAUCUCUAGAAGAUACAUCACAGUUGCCUAAGGAUGUAUUAAACAAUACGGAUAAUAAUCUAGAUGCUGGUUCGGUAUCCGAAUGUACUUCAGUAUCUAUAUGUAAUUCAAACACUAAUUUGGUCGAUACUACAUCUAGUAUAUCGAUCAAAUCUCGGGAUACAUCCCCUGCUGAUUCGUCGUCAAAUAUAAUUGAUUCUGGUAAAUCAUCAUACAGAAUGGAUUCGUCGAAAAAUUUUGAAAAUAGACUUUUGGCAGCAGAGAAUUUGAUAAAGGAAUCAAAAUUGAAAAAUUUAGGACCAUCGAAGUUCGAUCCCAAUUUAAAUUCUAAUUACAAAGAAACCGAUAAAUGCGACAAAGAAUCUUUAAGUUCAAUCUCGGAUGCACCUAACAUGACCAUAUCUAAGCGACGCAGUUGCAUUCCAAGUUUAAGAUUACGUUCGGGUUCCUUAACAAGGGAUCCUUGUAUAGAUAGUGAUAGGAGAAAAUCAUUUGCCGGAUCGCAAGGAACUCUUUCGAACAUUAGAGCAUUGUCGCCAGAAAAGUCUAUUUUAAGUAAAUUCUUUAGAGGUGGUAGCAGUAAAGAGAGUGAUUCAAAGGACAAAUCUCAGAAACCGAAGCAACAUCGAAUUUCACGCUUUUUACGGCCAGACUUCUUUGAUACCCCAAGGGAAGAAAGUAGAUACGUUAAAGAAAAAGAAGCGCAAAAGGCUGCGGAAAAUGAACGAAGAAAAUCUAGAUUCAUGAAAAAAAAAAGUGAAAAUAAAAGCGCGGAAUGUAAGCAAGAGACAAAGCAAGAGAAGGAAUUGAAGAAUGAGAUGAAUUCAUUUAAAAAAGAUAAGUCUGAUAUUUCAUCGGACGAUAAAUCUAAUAAAGAUGAUAAUACGAAAUUAAAAUUUGAAAGGCAAUCCUCAAGAAAUAGUUUUCUACAUUCUUUAGAAAAAAAAUUAGAAAAGUUUCGUGUAACGGAUGAAACACCCAAAUCUUCGUCCAAUGGUGGUCUCUUGAUCGAUCAAAAAGUAAGAGCUUUGAGAGAGAACUCAGCGCCUCCAUCAGAUUCUCUGUUCACAGAAUCAAAUUUGAUUAAAAGGGCAAUUAGCGUUGAGGAUAUGUCUUCGAAAGAAAAUUCUCUUAAUUCUAGAAAAAGUAGAGUAUCAUCUGUUCUAGGAUUGUUUAAAAGUUCUGACGUAAAACAAAAUUCAAACGCAAUCAAAUCGCAAAGUACUAUAAUGAGUAAGUUAAAGAAAAGUCCUCCUAAGCUUGUAAAAACGGACGUUUCUUCGACGAACGAGGAUACGUCAUCCACAAGUAAAAUUCCAAUGAAAAUGGUUAAAAAUGAUUCUAGAUUAAUUAAGAAACCUACAGAAGGUAAAAAACCUUUGGAUAAUUCUAUAACGGAAUCGAAAAAAUCGCAAUAUAAGGACAAAGUUAAAGAAAAAGAUAUAAGUUCGAAAGAAAGAAAAAUGUCUAAUGAAAAACUGUUAAAAACAAGUGGAGAGAAUGAAUCGCAAAUAGAUAAAUCAUCUCCAACAGAGAUUUCAAUUGACAAGGAAAUAGUUAAGAAAGCAAAUUCAGGUAAAAAGGAAGAUGACCCUAAGCUUAUUUCUAAUCCACCAGAAACUGGUAAAGUAAUGGACAAUGGUGCCGCAGAAGGAAACAUUUGUAAGCGAGAGAAGAAAGUGAUAAAGACGAAGAAGAACAUAGGAUCUGUAAAAAAGAUCGGCACUGGAAUUACGAAAGCAGAGAAAGAAGAAAAUGGCGAUAAGAAAACAUCCAAAAUCAGUAAAUUAAAGGAACCUGUGCAAAAGGAAGAGGCUGAAGGUACUAAGAAGAAAAAAAUUGUACGUGUCGUUAAGAAAGUAGUCAAAAAAUCGUCCGAAAAUUCUGAUAAUAAAUCGGAAGAAAAAGGAAAAGUUUUAAAAUCUAUCGUAAAAGGUAAUACCUCGCCUAAAAAAGAAAAAAGUCCAGAAGCUCCGGCGAUCAAUGCUGAUUAUUCAAACGAACGUAAUUCUGACUUACAAAAUUCAACGAAACUUACAACUAGCGAUAGUUCCAAUCAAGAAACACGAACAAAGCUGAAAGGAGAUCUUUCUUCUGUUGAUGCAAUAUCAAAUAAAUCAGAACUAAUGGCAUCUGGAAAUAAUUCAAGUAAAAGUCCCGAUUGUACUCAAAUAAAUGCUACGGACUCUGAUGUUACUCAAACGAAACAUACUGAUACACGAGGUAACAGAGGAAGUUUAAAGCUUGAUUUAUCUAAAAUACCUCAGCACACAUUCAGAAAUACCACCCCUAAAAAGGAAUCUCCGAAAUGUGAAUUGAUUAAAUCAAAUGUCAACGUGCUAUCUCAAUCUCCAAAAAUAAAUGAAACCAAUGCUGAUAUUUCUUCUGAAAAGUUCUUAGAUUCUUUAUCAAAAAUGACACAUCAUGCUACUAUCACUGGUAACAAAAUAAUUAUUGAUAAACCAUUGAGAGCUAAGGAUGUUGCUGAAUUGAAGAAAGAGGUCAAUGAAUGUGCAAGACUUAUUGAAAAUCAAAUAGAAUUACAUAAUGAUAUUGUGCCAUCUAACGAAGAUAUUGCCAUGAGAAAGGAGGAUGAAAUUAAUGCAAAAUUCCAUACUCCCCUAAAUAAUAUUGACGAAACUGAACCCGUAGAUGAAAAAGAUAUUUUCAAAGAUACAACGCAAUCUACCAACAUGAAUACUUAUGCAGACGAAGUGACUUCACCUGCCGAUGAACCGGACAGUUUUGAUUCUUGGUCGAUAUGUUCGGCCGAUAUGAAUCACACGCGAGCCGAUUUAAGUUCACCUACUUCACCCUCGUAUUCUCUUUUCUCGCGCGGAGAUCAGGGAGAAUCUGUAAUAGAUAGAAUACGAAGGAGAAGUUUUUAUUUAAGAUUUAAUGAUAGAAGAAGGCCUUCCUUAACAGUACCACCACCAGGAAUAACUUUACCAAGCAGCACAUUACCAAGAAAAUAUAGUUCUAGUAAUUCGAGAGACAGAGAUCGUAGUAAAUUGAAUAGUUAUCCUUCAUCCAAUAAAAAACUAAUGCAAAGAAGUUAUAGCCUACACAACGAAGACAUACCGUCAUAUAGAAAAUCACCGAUCGAUAAAGAAAAAUACACGGAUCUAGUGUCAUAUAACACAGAAAUUAAAACACCCACUGAACAUUAUAGUACCUUUUCACAUUCAACGUACGAUCCAUUACGAAAAUAUUUAAGAUCUCCGACAUUAGAAUUAUCUACAGCACAUAAAAGGUACCACAGUACAGACUUUAGUAUGGACGAUGAAUUAGGAGCAUAUAGAAAUUCUUCCCUGAAUUCUAUAUUAAAUAAUAAUCCAGUAGAAUUUUAUGGAAGUAGAAAUUCUAGUAUGCUACCGAGAAAAUACGGAUCUACUAUUACCUCCACAGAACCAAAGACAGUAGAAUAUUAUGAAGAAUUGUUGUCUCCAAGUAAUCCAGAAUAUCUAACAGUACGAAAAUCUCCAUUGUCCAAUGAAUACCUAAACAGAUCCGAAAAUGGUUAUUACAAUAUAAAUUCAGUUAAAUCUAAAUCAUGUAUAGCUAAAACAAAAACAGAAUCCACAGAAGAAAUUAAUAAAGAACUUGAAGAACGAGGAAGAAUAACAAGUCAAUGUACUAGUGAAUCCAAAAAUAUGCCUUCAACUUCAUCAGAUUUGCAAUCAAUUAUUCAUAAUACUGAAUAAAGGAUUAUUAAUAAUAUGAGGAACAAUAGAGAGAGAAAGAAAGGAGCAUCCUUCUAUAUUAUAUAUUUUUAUCCAGUCAAAAAGUAUAUUUUUCAAUUGCUGUAUCCAUCUAUUUGUGUCUUAGAUUUUUACAAUAAUCCAGAAUGGAAGUAAUUUAUGCGAUAUUUUAGAGAAAUUUUUAUUAGGCUUUUAAAUAUUUCAUGGAUAUAUGAAUCAGUACCAACAAUGUUAAGUUUUAUUUGAAUAUAUUAUAAAUACAUGCUUUCACGUUUAACAUAUAUUAUUAUUUCGAGCAUAAAUUCUGAAAGAGUAAUAAAGUACUAAACUUUAUAUCAUCCGUGUAAAGUAAUGUAUCAAACUUAAACGUGAAAGCAAUAAUUAAUGUUAUAAUGUUUUUAUAUAACAAGUCUAUUUUAAGUAAUUUUAUCUAUAUAUUUCAAGCUUCUUUGUAUGAUAAGAGCUCUGUUGCAAAGACAAUAUACAUGAUGAAGUAACAAGAAAGAAAUAUUGUUAAAUGAAAUGAAAUUGUCGCGCGUGUUUAAUUAAAAUAUUUUCGAAUGUUAUCUAUUCUCUCUUUUAUUGCAAGUACGAUUAUGUGGUUACAUAAAUUUAUCAUGAAUGACAUGAAUGUUAUAUUAAUCAUUUAGUUCUUAUAUUUCUUGGUAGUUGUGUCAAUAUUUGUGUUUUACCUUUUUUUUUCUUUUCUUUUUUUUUUUUUUUUUUUUUUUUUUUUUUUUUUUUAUAAUAGCUUUAAACAAAAAGCUAUAUGUAUACAAUCUAUAUAUUUAAUGCUUAUAUUUAUCAAAAAAGUGUUAAGGCACACUAACAAAGUAUCUUUAUAGAAUGAUCAAUUUCUCCUUCUUUUCUGCAAAAAAAAAAAAAAAAAAUCAAUUAUGUGAUUGAUAACAUAAUGUCAAAAUGCAAAUAGAAUUAGCAUAGCAUACAACUGCGUUCUUACUAUGAAAAUUCCAGCAUAUAGUUUAUCAAUACAAUUGUACUGUAUAGCAUACAUAUAGCAUUGUGUUUCCCAAAUAUAGUGACAUUGUUUUAUGAAGGAUAUUGUAAGUUAUGUAAGUGCGGCAUUGUAUAUAACAUUCACAUUCAAGAGUUCGUUUGUUUUUUUUUUUUUUUUGUAACAUCAACUGUAUCAAAUUUAAUAAUAUACAUAUAAUAUUAUUUGGACUUAAAUAUUUAUAGAACUAUAAAAUAAAUGAUAUUGGCAGUCAUGGAUCGUACAUUCGAACAAAAAAAUAUAACAAAUUAUAUUAAGUUGUUGUAAUAAUAUCGGGAUAAAAAUACCUAAUGAAACUCAUUUAUUUAGUUCUAUUAGACAUGUUCAAAACAAUCUUAUAAUUUAUACAAAAACUCUGUUGUUGUUAUUCAUAAAGUAAUAACUUUUGUUAAAAAAAAAUAAAAAGAUAAUGAUAUAUGUAAAAAUACUGUUUGAAAGUAUGAGAAACUAAAUAGGAUUUUGAUUCCUUGUAGCAAUGUUGCCUUAUAUUUGAAAAGACGAUUGCUGGUUAGAUCAAUCAAGGUGUGAAAGAAAGUUGAUGUUUGUAUAGAAGCCUCUGACUGAUCAACCAUAGUCUUCCGCUUGUUAUGUAUGUGUUUUCUAUUGAUAUACACAUUUUAAAUAAAUAUUAAUAAUUGAA